GACCAGAGGGGAGGCUACCUGCCGGACAGGCAAGCAUCUAACGGCCUCGUCGGCAGUCCGCCAGAAAAGCUGCCCUGUUUCCGUACCGUGCUGCCGCCGCUGCCACCAAAGAGCGGCGAAGACUGUGAGGACUUCAUCGACGCCGGCAUCAAUGAGGUGGAUGAUGACUCGGAGGAGUCCGGCUCCCGUUACUUUGAUCAACACGGGGUACUUGUGUCGAAACUCUAG